AGAUCACCAGAGCUAACCACUGGCUCAAUCCGGACGGCGGGGUCUUCCCCAUUUCAGCAGUUCACUUUGAAGCGUACAUCCGUCUUCAGAUCCUACGCAUCAAGGGACAAACCGGGCGGCCAAUCCUUGUUUCUUCUGUCUCAUAAAUUCUUUCUGCACUCAAGGACCUUCACAAUUCCAUGGGUUUUCCGUUCGAACAUUUCUACAAAAACGAAAUAAUACGCCAUCGCUUAUCGGUUGCCGCCUCCCAAGCAUCCAUCCCGCCCACUACCCGCCAAUCGGAACCGCUUACUGUAGGACAUCUGGAGACGUUGGCACUCGCUCUGGAUAUUCACAAUAAUCACAACCACGCGGUCCACUGGACAAUGUCUCUCACUGGCUUCUGGGGAUUGGCAAGGAGGCGCGAACUCGUAACUGAUGGCACCGCCCAAACGAUACCCGACAUUAUAUCAUUAUCAGACGUCUCAGCUGUGCCCACCCGGUCCGGCGAAUCUACUGGCUAUGCAAUACGGAUCAGACGCCCGAAAGUUAGGACCGCCCAUAUGCAGCAUCUCGUUUUCUACCCACGCUCCGACCCACUCUGCCCCGCAGCCGCCAUGUCUCGUCUCCUCGCGUGGCACGCAGCUCAUCAUCAUCCCGCAAACCAACCUCUGUGGACACUUUCAGACGGGUCAUAUGCCACCUCCGUUUGGUUCAUCGGGAUCUGGGUCACCGCCGCGGCAGUGCAGAUUGGAACGUCUUUGCUCAGGUCGGGCGGCGCAACCGAGUAUGCCUUCGAGGGGUAUCCGUUUCAAGUGAUUCAGCGCUUUGGACGAUGGAGCUCUGAUGCGUUCGAACAAUAUAUUCGUUCACAUCCGGCAUUCCUGGUGGAAAUCAUGCUGCGUUACCGGCCGACAUGAGACGUUGGUAUUUCCCCCUUUGUUCCUUUCUUAUUUUUUCUUUCUCUUGCUUUCAAAUUGUCUGUUCUUUACGUCAAUAUAUUCUGGUUGGCCGC